AUGCCGGUAUGCAUCAGCUGCAGCACACCGGUGAAACAUUUGUACACGACGUACAGCAAAGCCGACGAUCGCUCCCUCGGAAAAGGGGUCAGGUUGACGCAAUGCCCCGUAUGCAAGCAGUUCGCAGAUCGCUAUGUUGAAUACGAUUUCGUAUUGCUCUUCAUCGACCUUGUCUUGAUCAAGCCACAGGUUUAUCGCCAUCUCCUCUUCAACCGGCUUGGACGAGCCGAUGACAAGCUCGAUCCAAGCAUUUUCCGAUUAGGCACUCUGCUCGUGCUCUUCGACGUCUACAUCACUUGGGCUAGAAUUGAACGCUCCAAUGCCUCGUCUGAGGACGGCCAGCAAGGACCACAGUGGGCGCUGUCCGAGAGUCCUAUCAUUAUUCAGUACAUGUUCUUCCUCACGAUGAACGUGCUCGCGACUGUUGCGCAGCAUGCAGUGAUUCGAUUCUUGUCGAGGGUCCUGCUUUCUCGGUCAGUGUCGCAACACGUGCGCUUUCUGACUACAGAAGAGCAUGCUCAGACGGUGAGAUGUUCUGCCGGGGCGUCACCAGCAGCGAUCUCAACGGCCCUCCUCGUAUCUAGCUGCAGCAAGUUGUUCCCGAUAUUGCUGGUCAUCUGGCCUUCGGCUAAUUCGGAGGAUGAGAAUGGACGGGACCCGCUAGGCGGAGGGCUAGGCCGGGCCUUCGUCUCGAACGCAGCUCAAUAUGUUGGCUGGGUGGUGCUACUUAACAACAUCGAAGCCUUGCUAAUCCUCCUGGACUGCGGCUAUGUAAUUGCAACGAGCCUGGCGAUUGCCGGUCUUGUGUGCCGAUGGACCCUCGAGGGCUGGCUCUUGGCUCUUGUCGGGCUGAGGAGCUCGAGCUCACGAGAAGCCGUGUCCGGUUUCGUGCAUAGUUGGUACGCUUCGAGCAAAUGA